AUUGGUUUUGAAUCAUAAUGGUUAACUGAGUUAGCUAAGUUUCAUUUAUUUUUUAGAAUGGAAUGUCUAAAUUUUUAACUUUAAAAAAAAUUUCAUAUUAACUUGUGUACUCAUUCAGCCAUGCGAGUCGAGAUUUGUAUAACUAAUAAUUGAUUAAACUGACUUAAAUAUGAGUGUUGUUCCCCUGCCAAUUAGUAGUCCAGUUGCUAAGGAAUGGCUUUUGAAAAGAAAAGAAAAUAUUCGGCCAUGGGGACAAUUUUUAGAUUUCAAAAUGUUUCAUCUACCUCCUUCUUUUCCCAAAUGUACCAGUCGUGUUGUGCGAAACAUAGAAUAUUUUCAGAGCAAUUACAUUAUUGUGUUCAUAGGACUAAUUGUUUACUGUCUCUUGACCUCUCCUUUACUUUUGAUUGCAAUUGCUGCCCUGUUAGGUGCAUGUUACAUAGUAAAAAUAAGAAGUGAAGCCAAAGAAAUUUCUCUUCUUGGCCAUAAAUUAACGUUAGCUCAUCAGUAUUCUUUAGUUUCCAUUGCUGCUUUUCCUCUAUUUUAUCUGGCUGGAGCUGGUCAGGUUGUGUUUUGGAUUUUAGGAGCUUCCUUUUUCAUAAUAAUGCUACAUGCUACAUUGUAUGCAAUCGAACAAAGUCCUAAAGAUGAAGACAGCUUUGAUCUUCAUAUGGCUCCUGUUUAAAAUGCGUUAAUUGUUUUACUUACACUAAUUUUUAGAACAAUAUGCAGUUGCUUCAUACUUAAUGCAAUUUUUCCUAGAUGACCAAAUUUUUUGCAGGGGCCUCCUUUUUCUUAAUCAUGCUGCAUGCCACUUUGUACGAUUAUGAAAGGACUUCUGAAGAUGCUGAUCUCAAAGCACUUGUGGAAACAGUAUAAAUUUUUGUAUUACUUUAAAUUUGCAUUUAGAUUGGUUUUGGGUUUGAUAAGCACCAGUUUUAAUUUAUUUAUUUAUUGAGUAGUAUUUAUAUUGUACAUAACUUGCCAUAUCGUUUUGUAAAUGAACUCUUUUAUGAAUCAAAAAUAAUGACUUUAAAAAAUGUGAUAUUUCUUGUUCUCUUUUUAUAAACUGUAUUUUAUUUGUUGUUGAAUGGAAUAAAAACAU